AUGGAUCCUCCAAAGCGUAAAGAAGAGUUAGCACCACCCACCACCACACCUGUCCGCGCCUCGAGCGCCGAGAACAAACCCACCAAGAGGAAGUUCCUGUCUCUGGCAGAAGAGGAAAAGUCUCUUGUAGCGAAGAAAAGGAAGUAUUUGAGUGAUAGCGUUGAUGUGAAACCAGAAGGAAGUACGAAGGACACUGAGAGGCGAGAGGAAGUGGCCGCACCAAAGAAGGCGGCCAAGAAAAGGCUUUUGUCGGUGCCGGAUGAAGAAAGUCAAGUGUUGGAGACCCGCCGGCGAUGCGGCGUCACGCAACGCUUGUCCCCCGCUGGCCGCGGCGCCGCCGAGCAGCAAGUGUGUGUCCCCGAACAGCAAGGAGACCGUGAUACGAGGGAAGCCGCCAAGAGGCCGGCACCAGACGAGGAGUGCUCGCCGCGGCCUGUAAAGAAACAGCGGCAGCGGCCUUCAGCUGAAGAGGAAGAGCAGGGACCAGUGUGUUGCCUAUUGCUGGACGCGAGGAGCGCCGCGGGAGUAAGGCAGCAACAGUAUUCUGCCGAGGAGAGCAGCGCAGCGAGUCUCCUGCGGGAGGCCUCCGUCCCUCUCUUGGACGAACGCGAGGUGGAGCGGCUGAGCGGCGCGGCUCCCAAGGAUCUGGGCUGCGGGGGCUUCGGUUCCUGCUGCAGGGUGCGGGACCCUCACAGCGGCGAGGAGCUGGUCAUCAAGAGCUACUUUAAUGAAGGUUUUGACGACCUAGUGGACGAGGCGUCCAUCCUGCAGAGGCUGCAGGGCGUGGCCGGCGUGCAGCGGCUGGUCGGGGUCUGCGUCAGGAGGCGUCAGCUGGUGACUCGCUACGCAGGAAUGACGGCUGACAGUUAUUUCCAGACAGCUCCCGGCCUGCCGGCGCUGCUGAGCGUCGUCCUGCAAGUCACGCGCACGCUGCAGGGCAUGGCCGGGGAACGCUACUCCCACAACGACGUGAAGGGCGACAACGUGUGCGUGCGCGUAGGCAGUCGAGGCCCAGAGGCCACACUGAUAGACCUGGGCAUGGCCGGGCCCAUGGACGCGUGCCCGACGAACAUGGAGAAGGAGGCGGAGCUCAUCUCGGGUCCUGAGGAGAAUGACUUCGACACCUACAACCUGGCCUACACCAUUGAGACCUCGCUGGCCCUGCAUGGAGGCCUCGACCACGCCGCAUCCCUCGCCCCCGUCAGAGCCUGGGUGCACGCCGCCAUGAACCCGGGGCCCGCCGGGUCGCCGACCUUCGAGGCGCUGAUCCAGGAGCUCGAGGCGCUGCUCGGGACGACCGCGGUGACUCCUCGUGACCCCGGCAACGAUACUCCGGUGGAUGGCCCGCCAGGCGGCCAGACGCAGGGACGGCAUGCGGCCACGCCCCGCUCCGGCGGCCUGACCCAACAACGGGCUGCGAACAAGCCCCGUCCGGGUGGCGGCAGCCGCAGGCGUGAGCAACAGGAAGAGGGCAGCGAGGAGGAUGAAGGUUCAGAAUAUCACUAAGGAGGCAUAAAGGACAGUGAACGCCGAUUGUCUGGAAGAACAGUAAAGAAGCGGAACGCCGCCCGCUGAGGCGCCCAGUGACGGGCUCUUCGUGAAGCACGAAGGGAAGAACAGAUUUAUUUUGGUUUGUUUCAGUUCAAAAAGGAACCUUGUUACUCCAUGCACAACACAAAGGAUGGA